UGCGCGGAAUAAAAGAUGCGUUUAAGGCUGAAUUUCCCGGUAGUCACAGAGGUUUUGAUAUUUUUCAAGCAUCGGAAAAUUCAAUCUUUAUGAUAUUCAAAUGUAAGAGAAAUCAUACAGUAACCAGUAAAGGAGAAUUCGGAAAAAUAUUACACCUGCAUCGUAAACGAAAUUUUAUGAACUAAAGUUCUUUGAUGCUGGGUACUAAACUUUUCCAAUGAAUUUUGAGAAUAAAACUUUUUCGAGACGCAGAAGUCUUCCCUCGGAACUUUGACGUGUUUGCUAUUCAAGUGUUUACAAAUUGACUCAAAUUUACAAAGUGAUCAAGUUCAGUUUAUGUCGAGGCAAACUAAAACAAAAUAUUCAAACGGGUCACGCUAAGGAAUUUGAAAUAUUAGCUACGUUUAAAGUGACUGUUUGGUGUCAUAUGCAUAUUGAAUGAAGUAUAUAUCGCAACUCCCAAAAUGUCGAACUGCAAAGCUUGUUUUAAAGAAUUCGACUCUUUGAACCGCAAGCCGCUUCGCCUGUCCUGCGGCCACGGGUUUUGCUUCUCUUGCAUUUCGAGUUUACCAUACGUCGAUGGAGCAAUACACUGCACUAAAUGCAAGAAAUCAACAUUAAAAUAUACCGAUCAAAUGUUGGUUAACAACCUCGCUGAGAAAAAACCAAGUCAACGUGACCUACAUCCAUCGUCAGAGACGGCGUGCCUCCAGCACCAGAAAGCACUGGAUUAUUUGUGCAUGGACUGCAUGGAACUCGUGUGUUUUGCGUGCACCAGAGGCACUCACGCCGCGCACAAAAUUGACACGAUUGACGAUCUGCUACAAGGAGAUGAAACUGUUGUCGAAUCCAGGGCAAAAAUACGGACCAUGAUGAAAUGCAAGCUCAAGCGCGCCGAUGAAUCCAUUUCUGAGUUUAGAGCAAUUUUGGAGUUUAUUGAUAAAAUCGACUUGAUAACUCCUUUCAAAGAAGGUCAUAAAAUCCUACAGACCCAGAGAGUGUCGACAGAGCAAGAUCUCCAGGCCUGGGACACUUCAGUUUCCGGUGCUGAUGAGAACAAGAGGCAUCAGUGCAGGGAAAUUCUCAAGCGCCUAUUAUUAGAACCCGAAGAAAUUGGAGAAUUCUCUGAAAUAAAGAAAAAGAUGGAUGCAGCUGGAAAAGAUUGCCAUAGGUUGAAGUACCGCAUCAAGAAGCUGGCGAGCGACGAUCGGCAGCAUUCAUGUGAUGCUACUGCUGGCAGCAUGCGGCAUUCGGCAGGUGUAGCUCUUUGCGGCAAGAAGAGGCAGUCCGCAGGUGGUGCUACUCCCGGCAAGAGUUGGCAGCCGGAAAGUACAGCGGUUUUCAAGUGCUCCACGGCAAUAAGUCAACAAACAAAGAACGAUCCCGAAGUCAUUGUGAUGACGGUAACUUCAGCAUCACCUCCGCGCAGUGGGCUAGUUUGUUCGAGAUCUCCUGUAGCUCCGGCUUCGAAAUCGAAUACUCUGAAGAGGAAAGACGCCCCCAGGUUGGACGAAAAAUGGGAGUCAACCGUCAACGCCGAUGCAGCGAACACAGACUUGCGUCGCAAGAAAAUGUUCACAAUGCCCCCCGGCCAACAUAAAGGAGUCCCCCGUCACCUAACUUACGAAGAAACCCGGAUCGACAAUUUUCACGGUGAACGCGACAUUGAGGAGCCCAUGUCGGCGAGACUGAAACCGCGUUCCGUUGAGGAGCCGCGCUCCCUUGAGGAGCUUCAUAUUUGGUUGAAGAGCCUUACAGGAGCUGAAAAUUUAUGUGGCUGACAAAAUUGAUUGGAAGGUCAGAGCUCGAUAAAGUCUCCGACCAAACCGCAAACACGUACAAAUGUAAGUCUAAAAUCGCCUUCGACACGGACGUACUUCGUCCAAUAACUUAUCAUGAAGAAGCUACCUCUAUCGAAAGGAAGUCGAAAAUUUGACGAACCAUACGACAACCGCAGCAUCACCAAUAAGAUUGAUGAUGAUUACUGGAUGCUCUCUGCAUUCAUACUGAUUUACAUUUGA